AUGUAUGACAGCGGUCGAACUAUUAUAUUUAUCGGAGUUAUGGAAAGUUUCACGGGAUUCUUGCUUAUUCAGCGGAUUCUUUCCAUAGAAAUCCAUACUUUUCUCAUUUUAGUUAUUAAAUUCUUAGAUGAUUCAUUCUGGUUGCCUCUUGAUUUUUUGAAAUCUCGCCAAAAUACUAACAUAGUGCUGUCUGACAAAUGUUUUUUUGUAAAUGGUAUUUUAGAAGAUGAAAGGCUGGCAGAAGAUGAUGAUGAAUUCGCUGUGUCGUCUCGGCCUAAACAACUUCGUGAUGAUGUGGUCAGAUCUGCUGUAAAAACUGUUGAUGAUUUCUCUAAGAUCGCUUCACUGAAAGAUCGUAAAGGUGACUGGGAAAACACUGCAAAAGAAGCGAUAGUCUCAGUUGAAAGAAAGAUGAAUGCAGGAGAAGAAAUUGUUGCUGGAAAGGUCAAAGCUAAUCUUGAGAGAUUUGUUACUCGAGGUGUAAAUGAUGAAGUGGACGAUGAGCAGAAUGAAGAUGAUGAAGAACGAGAUCCUAAUAUUAUUCGUGAGGACAAGAAAUAUAAGGAGGAACUGAAAUUUGAUCAAGUGGGUGAUAUAAAAAAUCGUUGGAAAACCGGAAAUAUACAAGGGGCUGAUAUUAAGGAAAUUUGCAAGGAAGAUUUGGAGGAAUUAAAAAGAGGUCCUGGUUUGAAAGACCGAUUUAAAGAGAGGAAUGAAAGUGAUGAAGAUGUGAAACAAAUUAGACAAUGGGAUCAAAAUGAAAUCGACAAAUCCAGAGCGGCCGAUGCUAGACGAUCGUUUCUUGAAGGAUCUGCUUUCCAGACUGGACCAGUCGAAAAAAAUAAGGAGAUCGCAGAUAUGGAAUUCAAAAGAUUGGACGAAUUUAAAGAACGUUUUGAAAAAGGUGAAGGUGAUAGCGCUAUUGAGAAGACUGCAAUCGAUGUUCAAAUUGACAGCUUAAGCGACAAAAAAUCUGCAUUUGAAAAAGUCGAAAGUAAAGAAAUAUGCGACAAUGCGACAACUCUUAUGGUGGUCGACGAAGAACGUGCGCUAACCACCGAUGGCGAUGCUCUGUGA